AUGGCUAAUCCAAGCUUCAUUGUUGGUAUUAUAGGAAAUAUGGCCUCUCUACUAGUUUAUCUUGCUCCCAUAAAGACAUUUUCACAUAUAGUGAAACAUAGAUCAACUGAGGAGUUUGAGAGCCUUCCUUAUGUUAGCACAUUAUUGUCUUCGUCCGUGGGGAUCUACUAUGGAGUCACAAAGCCCGGAAUGUACCUGCUAGCCACUAUCAAUGGCCUUGGGGCACUCAUCCAGCUUGUUUAUGUUGUCUUGUUCCUCAUAUAUGCACCUCCAAAAAUAAGGGCCAAGACCGCUAUACUUGUUGGGGUUUUGGAUGUGGGGUUUCUAGCAGCAGUAUUUCUCGUCACUCAAUACACAAUGCAUGGAGAUUUACGGAUCGGUGUAGUAGGGUUUAUUCGUGCAGGCAUAACUAUAGCCAUAUCUUGCUUAUGGAAUAUCUAG